AUGAUCUUUGCAGCUCGUCUUGCUCCUCAUUACUCCGUAGCAGUCAUCGAAGCGGGCUCGUUCUACGAGACUACCAAUGGCAACAACAGCGUGGUUCCCCUGCUCUCUCUGACGGGCAUUGCCUUCAUUGACCCCUCGGAAACGUUCACGCCGCAGCCGCUGAUGGACUGGGGACUUGUCACAGAGCCGAGCCCGAAUGCUGCGGGAAGACGGAUUCACUAUGCCCAGGGCAAGACACUUGGUGGAUCGAGUGCAAUCAAUACCAUGAGCUAUCUUCGGGGCACGACGGGCUCGUACGGGCGGUGGGCUGACGCGGUCGAUGAUGAGAGCUACACGUUUGAGAAUAUGCUCCCGUAUUUCAGGCGAUCAGUACAUCUUACACCACCUGAUGUCGUUAAGCGCAACAACACCAACGUCACCGUGGCGUAUGAUCCAGCAGCAUUCAGCUCUGAUGGCGGCCCCCUGCAGGUAUCAUGGAACAACUGGGUGGAUCCAACUUUGACUUGGCUGGCAAAGGCGGUCGGGGAAGGGGCCGACCUGCCAGUCAGCCCAGUAGGCUUCGAGAGCGGCAAGUUGGCAGGUAACGGCGCAUGGGUGCCGAGCACGAUCGAGCCGAAAAAAGCGGUGCGCAGUUCAAGCGAGAGCAGCUUCUUGCGCGAAGCCAUUGAGGAGACGGAUCUCAUCGUGUACACGUUGGCUCAGGCCACAAAGAUUCUCUUUGAUCAGUCAAGCCCGCCCAAGGCUGUCGGAGUGCAAGUCGAUACCCAAGGAUUAGGAUAUACAAUCUCUGCGAACAAGGAAGUCAUCGUGUCGGCAGGCGUGUUCCAUUCGCCGCAGUUGUUGAUGGUAUCCGGUAUCGGGCCAGCAUCUACCCUCUCCAGCCUCUCAAUACCCUCGGUAUCUGAGUUGUCUGGGUACCUGGACGAUGCAGCAGGGCCGUACAGCUCAGCCGCUGGGUAUAUCGCGUUUGAACGCAUCCCAGAAAGCUACCGCUUCAACUUGACGAACGAGACGCAGUCGAAACUGGCGGCUUACCCUAUCGACUGGCCUGAAAUAGCUUACAUUGUGGGUUCCUUUGUCGGCAACAACCUGACAACCAUUGGAACGACAGCUGCGUUUCUUCCGAUCGUCUUCUCCAGGGGAAAUGUCACCAUCCAAAGCCCGAGCGCCCUGGACUCGCCAGUCAUAUUCCCGAACUGGCUGAGCGAUCCGGCCGACCUUGAGAUUGCCCUGACGGCGCUGAAGCGGCUCCGAAACGAUAUCUGGACAUCAGCGCCGGCGGAUGCCAUCAAGGCUGGACCGGAGUUCUUCCCCGGAGAAGCGGUCCAGACGGACGAGCAGAUGCGCGACUACAUCCGGCAGCAAGCCAGUACGAUAUGGCACGGGUGCGGCACGUGCGCCAUGGGGAAGUCUGGGGAUGAGGACGGUGUGGUGGAUAGCAAAGGCCGCGUGUUUGGCGUCGAAGGACUGAGGGUGUGCGAUGCAAGUGUGUUCCCCUUCUCCAUCCCAGGCCAUCCGCAAUCCGCCGUUUACGCGUUGGCAGAGAAGAUUGCUGAGGACAUCUUGAAUGCGGCGUAG